UUCCGCGAUAAACAAGAACACGUUAGGUAACUGUUCAGCAAGCGUUCUGCAAGUGUCAAUGUCACGAACGUAAUAUCACUAUUGUUGCUCAUACAGCCUAUUCGGUUAUUUCAACAAGUUGCGGAUUUGUAGGCUUUCACUCUAGUGACACUGGUCGCUUCCAUUACAAAUCCCGGUGCGUGUAGUGCUUAUGGGUGAACGUUAACUGUCUGCAUUCAUUCGGCAAGUUUGUAGGACUUCGUUUAGAUUUGUUAUUUAUUAUCGUCGUACAAGGUGUAUAUCGUCGACACCAAUCCGGGGUUUUGAAAUGGCUACUGUAGCCCACGUCUCCAGAGUUCGCUCUUUGUACAAAAGGAUCCUGAUCUUGCACCGGUUCAUGCCUCUCGACCUGAGAGCGCUGGGCGACCAGUACGUGAAGGAUGAGUUCAGACGGAACAAGUCCGCCGCACCAGAAGAGGUCAAAUCCUUCAUGACCGAGUGGGAGCAGUACCGGGACACGCUGCAGACGCAGGUUCUGGACGCCAUGUCUGGGAAGCUGGAGAAGCUGGAGUUCGGGGCGGUUCUGUCCGACGACCGGCUCAAGCUGUUCCAAGACGAGCAGAUGGGCCAGCUAUACGAGCUCAUGCUGGAAGCCACCAAACCCAACCGCCAGUUUGACAUCCAGGACGACCGGCCCUAGUGUGUGUGUGUGUGUGUGUGUGUGUGUGUGUGUGUGUGUGUGUGUGUGUGUGUGUGUGUGUGUGUGUGUGUGUGUGUGUGUGUAGCUCAUGCUGGAAGCCACCAAACCCAACCGCCAGUUUGACAUCCAGGACGACCGGCCCUAGUGUGUGUGUGUGUGUGUGUGUGUGUGUGUGUGUGUCUAGCUCAUGCUCACCGCCAGUUCGACAUCCAGUGUGUGUGUGUGUGUGUGUGUGUCUAGUACCUCCCCAUCCAGACUAGGACGACCGGCCCUAGCACCUCCUCAAUGUGUGUGUGUGUGUGUGUGUGUGUGUGUGUGUGUGUGGGAGGGGGAGUGAAUGGUCAUGUCAGAAUCCUGUGGACUUGAAUGCAGUGAGUUGCUGGCGGCUGUUGAGAGAAACUAAUUACAUUAAAGUGCUCUAAAGAAA